CCAAGAGCUGAAUCACCAAACAAUAGAUAACGACUCUCCAACCAUCGCCACACACGACGCUAUUUCUCCUCCCACAAUCGAGGAAUGGCACAAGACGACACAUCUCCCCUUCCCGAUCGUCUGUGAACGAUGAACUCCUUUGAACUGCGGCUCCAGCGACAAUAAACACAAUGCAGCGCGGCACUUCAAACCGCGGGUCGCGUGGCACGCCUGCCGGCACGAGGGGUUCAUCUUUCAGAGGGCGAGGGAGGGGAGCUGCACGAUCAUCGGGCUCCUCCAAUUCUACCCCCGAGCCGACCACCGAGAAUUCAUUCGAGGCCGAACGGAAUGCGAAUGCCGCCAAACGAUCGCAGCGCGGACAACCAAGAGGUGGCAGCGCAAGCCUCCGAGGCGCCCCAGAAGCAAGAGGAGCUUUCAAAAACAAAACUGUGCGAUUCUCCAGCCCACCGGCACAAGACAAAAACGCACCACAACCACAGAAGUCAUUCACCAUCUCAAAGAAACCUGGUUCAGCGCCUCCCAAGAGCAAGCUAUCCCAAACGACAAGCGCAUCCGAUCCGGACGACCAUACUGCGAAAAUUGAGAAGACUCUACAACAAAAUGGACUUUCGACUUAUCCAGACUGGCCAACGGAGCGGCCUGGAGAUCCCAGUGAGAAGGAUGCGAUUAAAGGAUUCUGGAACACCACCAAGGCAUACCGCGCGAAAGUUCGAACCGUGCUGAUGAACAAGGGCCUCAUUGACGAUCCGGACAAGCCAAAGAAGCUCAGUGAAGCUAUCGACUUCAAAGGAACUUGCGAUGGGAUGUGCCCAAGGUUCGAGCAGAUUACUCGGAUUAUGGAACACGAUGUGAAGAACUUGGAAAAAGAACUGGCGUUCGAUGGAUCUCUCUGGCCCGCUCCCCAGAAAAUGAUCAAAGCCUACGGCCGUUCGUCUGCAGGCCAGGAUGCACCUCUCCCAAGCGAUAUCCGCAUGCCCUCUGCGCUGAGGAAAACCUUGGACUACCUGAUUCAGGAUGUCCUCGGCGACGAGAAUAGGCUUGCGACAGUCCACAACUUCCUUUGGGAUCGCACUCGCUCAAUACGUCGCGACUUCACAUUUCAACAGGCGUCUCUCACUGCAGCGGAUUAUAUCGAUGAGGUAUACUGUUUGGAGACGAUAGCUAGGUUCCAUGUCAUCGCCUUGCAUCAGAUGUCCAACCCUUUCAAUACUUCGGACGAUUUCUCUGAGCACCAAGAAAUCGAACAGCUUGGCAGGACCCUGCUCUCUUUGAUACACACCUACGAAGACUGCAAAUCCCAGAAUAUCCAGUGUGACAACGAGGCUGAAUUUCGGGCGUACUUCGUGAUCUAUCAUGCCCGCAACCCUGCCAUGAUGGAAGCUGUCCAAGACUGGGGCAAGGAUUUUUGGGACAGCGAUGAGAUCCAGACUGCUACAGCGCUUGUGGAAUGCCUGCACAACAUCUGGGAAAUCAAUGGCCCCUUAAAGCCACAGUCCGCCAGCGAAAUCGCCUUGAAUAUGUAUAGCCGAUUUUUCAAAAUUAUCCGCCAACCUGAAGUCUCCUACACAACAGCUUGUUUUGCAGAGAUCCAUUUCAACAGUGUUAGAAAGACGGCACUGAUGACGAUACUCUCGGCAUAUCGCAAACAGAGAGAGCAAACAACGGACUGGACGCUUCCUACGCUGAACACCUAUCUCCACUUCGACACGCUCGACGACGCGGAAGCAUUUAUCGAAGGCCACGGGCUUUAUAUCAAGGAGGGACCAGAGGAACCUUAUCUCGAUUUCAAUUCUGGGAGCUCGUUAACGGAGCCGGAAACGAAGAUCAAGCAGCCUCACUCGAAAACAUUGGUGGAAACGAAGCGUGGCCAGAAAACAUUGCCGGCGUGCAUAUACCACAACGCCUUCGCGGAUGCCGAGAUUCCAGUGGUGGAUGACAGUAACUCCCUGUUUGUCUCCGGGUUUGAUGAUGGAUCCAAUGUAUUUGCCAAAGCGCCUGCACAAAAUCAAAAUAUCUGGGGGUCUCCUGCAGUUCAGGACUUUGGAAAGGGACCGACCCAACAGCAGAAUAUCUGGGGUGCUCCAGCCCAAGUGGCUGCAAAGGCUCCUAUAUUUGGUGCGCCGACUCCAGCCGCGCCGCUGAAAAAACUCGGAGGCUUCAUUGAUAGCGAUGAUGAGUCGACAACCAGAGUACCGACCACAACCCCGUCUAUUUUCGCGCCUACGUCAAACACACCUGCCGCAGCGCCGUCUUUUAGCUGGGGUGCACCCGCAGCGCCAGCCGCGGUGUCGUUCUUCCCCCCUUCUCAAACAACCAACGCGCCAGCUGCAACUUUCCUCGCGCCACCCAGCAAUAUUGGGGCUGCCCCUUCUAUAUUCUCAAAGCAGCCGGGCACCGAAGCACCUAGCCCUUUCUCUUUCGCGCCGACUGCGGCCCAAAGCCAGCCAGCAGCCCUUCAACCCGUCACUCAACCACCCACUACAUCCUUCUUUCCGGGAAUACAACAGACGAAACCAACUGCAGCAGGUGGCACCCCGUCCGCUUCGUCAAUAUUCGCACCAGCGGCAUCACCAGGAGCAAAACCGCCCGCUGCAACAACUCAAGCCCCGGGGUCAUUUUCAUUCCUUUCACAGGGGGGCGCUGCACCCACACAAACCACAUCAUUAUUUGCACCGAAGACGGGGGAAGCACAACCUCCUGCCCCUGUACCGACCGCUCCUUCUUCGUUCUUCCCCUCUGCCACUCAGGUUCCUGAAACAUCGUCGCCUUUCAUGCAGCCUGCUUCAAAUAUCGAAACAAACAUACCAGCGAUCAAAGAAAGUCUGGGAGCAGCAAAACCACUGUUCACCCCUUCUAUUUCCACAGGCCAGGCUCCCGCGACAGCGACGGAACCUACCACAACUGCGGCACCUCCACUACAACCUCCGUCAAAUUUCUUCCCUACUGCUGGAAGCGGAGCUACACAAGCUGUAAAUAUUCCACCAGCGCCACCAGUAACACAACAUCAACCUGCCCUGCCUCCAUUUGGCGCUAUUGGCAACGUUCCCCCUCCACAAGCAGGAGCUCCGGAGAAACCUCCUGGGGAGCAAGUUCGAUACAAUUGGCUUGCGCCGCCAUCGACAAAGCGUGCCAAACCAGCGGUAUCAAGCACGGAGAAGAAGGCUGCCGAUAUGCAGCAAAGCCUACCAAUGGCAACUGCGGCGAAGAAAGUUGACUCUUCGCCAACUAGCAAGACAGUCGUAUCCAACCUGACGCCUUAUUUGGCGGAUCUGGCCUUAUUUGGUGAUGGCGGUAUUAUUGAUCAGUUCACAGCUGCCGAAGUUGACAAGGCGUGUCGGGCCGCAUACGACGAAUACUAUGAAGAGCUUGAAUCUGCUGCAGCCGAGGUCGUUGAAGAAGAGAAGAAAGCCCGGCUUGAGGCUGACGACUUUAGGCAGUACUCGCUCGGGGUAAAAUACUUCUAUCGCUGGCGUGCAAAUGCGCAAAAACUCUGGCAGCGUAGACGUGGCAGACAGGCACGCGAACAGCGGAAACUAAUGGCUGAGCGAGACCAAGCUUUAGCGCAAGAGGCAAAUGAGAAUAUAGUGGGGGACUUCAAUAGGAUUCUGGCGAGUUCAAGAAAUAACAAGCGGAAGACCCAGGAGGAUUUGCUGGCAUCUACGGGCGUGCUAAGUGGCAUUCGAAACUCCGCCGCAAAGAUUAGGAAGGUCGUCCACGGAGAUAUGGCGCCACCGCCGCAUCAAAGAUCAACAACGCCAACAGGAAGCCCGCGAACUGAAAGCCGCUUCGGCAGGUCGACGUCAUCUCUCGGCCAUUCAACUUCAUCGUUACAAUCACUCAUUGAUCCAGACCAUAGGGCUCGCAGCACCACCGUUAGAGACCCCAGCCUCAGGUCUUCUCACAAACGAACCCAAUCAGAAUCUGUGGGCCAGAAAGCACCUCUCAACAUGUCUGUUGGAGGCUCACGCAUUCAUCUAAUGCCAUCCGGUUGGAAUCCAAAAGACGACAAAGGCCCGAAACCCAACAACGUCCAAACGGAUUAUUUCCGUCUCAAAGCCCGCGGAAUCCACACGAUGCCAAAUGGGUCACCACUUGCAAGCUCUGCAGCGCUGCUCAUGAGGCCUAGCCUGAUCAAUAGUGUGAGGCAGUCAAUGUCGACAAGUGCUGCGAGCAGCGUCAGCAGCGGUUUAGCCACGCCGGACAGGCAGCUAAAACGUUCCAUCUCUAAACUUUCACUCUCUGCACCGGCGAAGCGCUUUAGGACAGAUCCGCAGCCGAAGCCGAGCCCCAGCAACAAGCAAGAGGCGGAUGAUAUCAAGGCAAAUGCAAGGAGGAUUAUGAACGAGGACGCCUCGAAGAGGCGGAAGGAGGAAGACAGACGGAGGAGCUUGGAGAAGGAGAAGACAAGGGAUGAGGAGAUGGAAGAGCUCUUCAGACGGAGUAGGAAGUUGAAAGACGACAUGGCACAGGGCGAAGAAUGGUUUAAGAAGUAUAAUGAGAGUUGGAGCAGAAGCGCGUCUCGGAAUUUAGAGUCUGCGGCUACAUCACGCGAGAACACUAGACCGACUCCUACUUCUGCGCCUCAACGUACAGGGCCUCCUAACAAUAGAGGUCCUGUUCGCGAGCCGGAGGUGAUUGAACUGGACUAAGAAUUAGGAGGAGGGUAGGCGUUGAGGAUAUAGUUGGUGGAUGCAUAUGAAUGGCGUUUAUUUGAUUGAGAUACAACUCUUGUAACAAAGCAAGCAAGCAUUUGAUGGCGUUCGAAUCGACCUAUCUCAGAUAGUCCGGGGGAUUUUUUUAUACUACUAUAGAACCAAGGAGGCCUUGGAGGGGCGCGUAUAUAGCAGGGAUUGCAAGUGGCAAAUAUAAGUUGAACAACUACGUUUGAUAAUUGAUAUUGCAGAAUAA